UACUUCACCCCCUUGGUGACAUUCCCUUCCCUUUUUUAUUUCUAUUUUUAUGCCUUUUAUCCCCUCUUUGAUAUCUUUUACAUGGCUCAACAUAAAUAGAUUACGCCAUCCGGCCAGGCUGAUGCCCCCCCAACUGACACAGGUCCCCCUCCCCCAUACCCGUGCCCGCGAUGCUAGCCCCUCCCUCACUCGUCAGCGCCCCGGAGACGACAUCCAUCGACCAGGAGAAGGAAAAGGAUAACUUGCCCACUGGCGCGGACGUCCUCACUCUGCCCUUCUGGCUUGUGAAUGUACCUCGAAGCGAAUGGCCGGAGGAGUGUCCGGGUUUCCUGCGCGAUUUGCCUCUCAAGUCGAUCCGGUGCUUAUCAACGCCGGACGAGCUGUAUCAGAGGCAGGGGUGGGAGACAGUUACGGAAAUCGUUCGAACAAAUCGAAUCGAUCGGUUCCAGCGCGUCCCUAGCGAUCUGAGAAAAUACCUCCAGUAUACGGCGCAGAUUAAGGCAAAGUACGGGUCCGUGAUGAAGUUUGUUGUCAGGGAAAGACUGCGGUUUGGCGAGGGGGAGCCCGAAGACCUGCGGCCGAGAGGGAAACCGUUUGAAUACGAUGAGGAUAUCAAGAUCCUAUACAAUGAUUGGCCGUAUGGGGUUGAGAAGGAUAUCGUCCAUCUGGUCGUGUGGACGAAAUUCGAAUUGGAAGAUGAUCCGGCCACGGACGAUUUGACGCCCAAGGCGAGAAGAGAGAUUGAAGAGUAUGUGCAGAAGACAUUCUGCUCGCGAGUGCCUCCUGAACAGGUCGUCUGGUUCAAGAACUGGAAGUCUCUCAAGUCCAUCCACGCCGUCGAACACUUUCACGUCAUGCUCAAGGAUCCGGAUCUGGAUUUCAUCAAAGAGAUCACUGGCGGAGACGUUCCUUUGGUAGCCACGAUAUAAUAUAGAUCUACGACUAGAUAUUACUUUCUCGGCUGGCCUACAGACGGUGAGCUUGCUUAUAGGAGGCCAGCUAUUCCAGGGCGCUCUCAACCAGAGAGCAGGCAUGUCAUUGCAGGAACUCAGAGCAGCCUAUUUACAUCUCAAGUCAACCCCCUCCGAAGGUUACAUUCUCAGUAUAGGCUCAUGCUAACGAACAAGGGAGACUAUUUCCUGCAGCAGGAGACAAGGGUGGAGCUUCAAAAUCAAGGUAUUUAUAGAGAUUUAAAUAUGAUUGGUACCAGUUCGUUCUACGUCAUUUGGGGUUCUCUCUGGACUGGCAUAGCUGCUUAGACAGUAUGUACUACACACUACAUACUUUUAUUACCAUCUCCAUGAACAGGGGAUUCUAGAUAGGCAACCUGACAUCAUUUCCUUCGAUAGUAAUAGCUCGAGAGCCUCAAAGCAGAAUGAAUACUCGUACAAUUUGGUAGCCUUGC